UCCAACAUCAAUUCUACAAUUUCUGCAAAAUCAAAACAAGAGACGCGACGAUGAAGUUUUAAUGUUUUAUUUUAUUCCUAGGGUUUAUUACUAAAAUUUACCUGUAUUCAUAAUGUCUGGGUUUCGACCCAAUAUGUGGAAAUUCAAACAGCCCAAACCAUCUUCUGCAUUACCUACAACAAAUAAGUUUUGGGCGAAUAUUGAUGUAGAGGAUGAUGAAUACGAAGCAUCAGAAUCAAUUGGAGAUGACAAUAACACAGCUGGAAAUAAAACUGACACACCAAACGCUAAUAAUGCUGUGAACGCAACAACAUCAGAACUGAGUGGAUCUAAUGAAUCAAAGGAUGUUCCAGCUACCUUGAAAGGCAAUGAGAAAAAUACGACGGUAAAAAUAUGUUAUAAAUGUGGUGGCCUGAACCACAUAAAAAAACGUUGCCCUUUAAAAACGGCAGAAAAUGAUACGGAAGAUGGAGACAGAGAAAUUAGCCCAAACACAGCAACUGAAACUAAGCUCCCAAAGAAGAAGUUACUCAAUUUAACUGUCAAAUGUUAUCAUUGCAAACAAGAGGGAGGCCAUCCGUCGAAGGCGUGUCCAAAACGAUGGAAAAAACUAGAUGGCGCCGAAGAUAAUUCUAUAAUUGUAUGCAUGAUGUGCAAGACACAAGGACAUUUCUCCAUCAAUUGUCCAAUGAACCCGGCAAAUAAGAAAACAGUCAGGAACCCAUCCGCACUGAAACCAGUGCUCACAGGCGUUGAACAAUUAAUAAAAGAUAACAAAUGUUCUUACUGCGGUGUUCAAGGCCAUUUUAUACAAGCAUGUCCAGUGAAGAAAUGGCGGGUCGCUCCAGGCGUUGCCGAUGGUACUGAUUUCACAGAAGAUUUCACUAGUUUUGCUGACGGUGAAAGUCCGGAGCCACGCAAUCCUAGCGUUGUAGCGGCAGGGGCGCCAGGCAAGGUUACAGGAAAACCAAUACAAUCCCUGACGACGAUACAAAUGAAUAAAGCGAUAUCGAAAAAGGAGAAAGAAUUGAAAAAACAUAGGGCACAGCAAGCAAAGUUGUUGGCGAAGCAAAUAAAAGAACACAAUAUACAACAGCAACUAAUACAACAACAACAAACAACUAUGAUGGGCAAACCUGUACAACCCGUACCGGUGAAUUUUGUAAAUCAUCCUAGUGCCAACAUAAAUGUUCCUGUUAAUUCAGUUGUACCACAGGAACCUAUUGUGGGUCCCCCCAAUCAGCACCUUGGACAAAUGCUUAAUGUAAUGGCUUAUCGUGCAUGCUACCCUGCAGGUAUACCAAAGUCAUUCCUGAACCAACAUCAUCAGGAACAGAUAUUGCAACAAAAUACAAAACAAUUGGAUAUGGCAUCGUCUGAACCCAAUCAACAAACUUACGGCCAAGAACCAACUUUCACUUGGCCGCAAGCGCCAACGCCACAAACAUUUGUGCCAACACCCCAGGCACAUAUGGCAACGCCCCAAACAUUUGUGCCAACUUCUAUCCAACAAUUACCAACAGUUUUCACCCCGGUACAAAAAGACGAAUCGAUGGACAGCGAGCCCCCUCAAGCGUAUUCCCCUUCUGAUGUGUAUGGAGACUUGAGGAACGAAAGCGGAUCCACAGAGCCGCAUGAAGGGUCGGAGUCCCCCGACCCGCAGGGCCAGAAGCGUCUCAGCGCCUUCCAGCGACUGGGCCCCGCGACGCAGAAGAAACCAAAGCUCACCAUUAACCUUUCGUGUAAUAAGGGACAAGCUGUUAGGGAGGUGGUAGAUGAAACUACAGAGCUAGUUGAGGAGCACACGCCGGUGCACCUGCGGCAUGACGUCACCACCAGCACGGACGAGAUCGUUAUGAAGUACCUCUACUUCUGGCCGUGGAGGAAGCCCGUAGCCACCAGGAGGGUCGCCGCUUUUAAGACCUCCAAGUCCGCUAUGUUGUUGGAACAAGAGCAAAUGGAGGAGCUAUACGAAAAAGACAACGUAUUUAUACAAAUCACUGUCACAAAUUACCCUAAAACAUGGACUAAGGAAGAGCUAUUUGACGUAUUUUUGGAACAAGUCAAUGUUAUUCCGUGCUUUAUUGAAUUCACAUCAAAAGAAUGCAAAUUCCUCGUGAUCCGAAGCAAGCCAGCGUUAGUGAGCAUACACAAGAUGGGCUUCAAGAUCCGCAAAGGAGACAUAGCGUUGGUUCUGAAGAUAUCUAUAACGCUAUUGACCCAGAACCAGAUAGACUUCCUCCCGCGACUGGUGCUGAGGAAGAGGCUUGGAUUGCGUUAUGAUGGCGGACACAGCCUCGACUUGCACGAGUUCACGCUCAAAUCAGACAUCAGUCACUUCAUCUACUUCCCUCUUAACCGACUGCCCAAUCAGACCGACCUCAUACAAAUGCAGAGCGUGGUCGACUGGGAUCAAUUGACUGAGCUCAAUCUAUCGCGUAAUAGAUUGACGUCAAUCGACGGCUUCCACCUAUCGAACACGUGUCCUAACCUCAAAAUCCUUGACCUGUCGAACAACUACUUGGACAAGGUGACCGCUUUACUUCGCUGUCGGAACCUUCCUCUACGGGAGCUCAGUCUGGAAGGGAACCCUCUGUGCCAUGAUUUCACUGACCCUAAUGAGUAUCUGCGACUUGUAAAAAUGCUGUUCCCGACUCUUCGAGUGCUUGAUGGGGUAACUAUCUACUUGAAAGGCGACCUACCAGGGCACCGAAAGAACUUCUGUCCCCACGGAGCCGAGAGCAUAGUGGAGAAGUACCUUGACACAUUCUUCCCGUUGUUAGAGGCGCAGCCGUCGGACAGACAGAUGCUCGAAGAUAUGUAUGACGAGAACGCGUUGAUGAAUGUUUUGUACAGAUAUAAGUUCAUCCACAGAUUAUUCCGCAUAUCGUCGAACAACAGUAAGUUCCUGGACGAUGGCUUGAAGGACGUGAUAGAGGGCGCCACUUCCAUCACCAAAUACAUCAACAAGUGGCCCGUGUUCAAACACGACCCGUUCACUUUCACCGUCGAUAUAUUAUCCCAUAAUGAACAAUCAACGAUCAUCAAAAUCUGCGGCAUACUUAAGCUAACAGCGGAAUCCUUAGCAGAAGACGAGCACAUAAUAUCUUUCUCACGCACCACCGUGCUGCAUACGAGUGACAGAGUCGAGUAUAAAAUAGUCAAUGAAUUGUUACUGUGGGACGAACCUAGUAACGAGUGCUAUGCCAACGCUUUCCAAAUCACUAAGAUAAGGUCAAAAAAGUUAUACGUCGAUUUGGAUUUUGAAUCCACCCCUGAUGAAGAAACCAAAGAAAAACUAAUAGUCGUAUUUGAACACUUGACUGAAUUAGACAGGCAUGCAAGCAGAAAAUGCCUGGAAAGGAAAAAUUGGAAUUUAAAGAAUGCCCUGGAUAACUUCAUGCAGCUAUUAAAACUGAACGAUUUAAGCUCAAUUAGAUCAGACACCGAAGAUGUACGACCAAUACCAAUACCAUCAAUCGACCAGCACGGCAGGGAGCGUCAGCUCCUCACAUUGACCGUUAAUCACUGAUUUUUUUGCAAUAGUUCAUUGAAAGCGCACGCUGCAUGUUUUCAUUCGUAGGGGCCCCUUACCCCUAAACCGGCCCCAAGGAACUAAUGCGCGUUCGAUAGGUUUCGCCAUUGAUGUGCAUCGAAACCCCAUGCGAUUUCUUUUAGGUAUGUUACCAACGUGAAAAAAACACAAAAACAAUCUCUUGUGUGAAUACUUACCACACAACAAAUUCUUCUACAAAUUAAUCAAAUCGUUUUUUGUUCAGUCAGAAUACACUUUCUUCAACAGUAUAAGUAAGCACCAAGAACUAUUGAUGAUAAAGAAACUUACACAAUUUGUUAUCGUUAGAUUGAAUUACUUCAAUUUGAUUCAACCUGUAGAUUUAAGUUAAAAAUACAUUUCACUUUAAACUUUAGGAGAUGUGAUUCUUUCAAAUAAACUUUAACAUUAUAUAUAUAA